AUGUUUUGCAGUGGGAAUGAGAAAGAUAAAGCAAUACCUAAAAGGGAUAGCAUUGAUGAGAAUCAGCAAACUAUGAUAAACAUUGUGGCAAAUGUUAUGUCAAUCAUAAGACCCAUCACUGACUAUAAUAACACAUUGAAUGAGAAGGAAGGACUCCGAUUAUGUGAACUAUUAAACGCUUCAAAUGUAUUGAGAGAUAAAUGUAUUAACAAAUUGAUUGAAGAGCAAAGACAUGCAGAGGCGCUCAAAGUUAUAGUCAAUAAUUGGGAACAAAUUACACAUAAUAUCAUCGAAAUGUCAAAACAGUUGACACUUUUCACGGAAGUCUGCAAUGAGGACCAAAUCGCGCUAAUAAAGUACGGGUGCAUUGAAAUGAGUUGUAUCCGACAUGUUAUGGCCUAUGAUACCCCGAACUCGCUUAUGACUAUUACCAUGGAAAACGGAAACUCGACAAUUAUAAAGUUGUCGGUCAUAAAGGAGGCCAAACCAGAUAUAUAUAAUUUAUUUGAAAAGUUUUUUGAUCAAUUUUAUCCACAAUGGAAUUGUGACCCUGUUAUAAUGGACUUGAUGAUAGCCAUAACACUCUUUAACCCCAACCGUCCAAACCUUAUAUAUAGAGAUGUGGUUAAACUUCAACAACACAUUUAUUAUCACUCCAUGGAUGAGGCGAAGUCAAGACUCAUUAAAUUAUUGAAAAGUCUUCAACUAUUGAGAACUUUGAAUGAAAUUAUUGCUAAAGAUUUCUACGAAUACGGAAACAUAUUUAUGGGACCACUUUAUAAAGAGAUCUAUGGAUUAUAA